CCUCCAAUCAAGGGGCAUUUUUUUUCUUUUUAAAUCAUUUUUUCAUUUCCAUGCGAGAGUAAACUUUUUAUCGCGAAAAAGAAAUAGGAUUCAGUGUCCUUCUCUGUUGAGCGCCGGCAGACAGGGUCCCGUAAAGGUCAUCCGUGAAGGCGUGCUCCGGAUGAGAGGAAUUCCACCAUGGGAAACAUCGACGGUUCGAGAUUGGAGAGAAGUUUGUUGUGCAUGCGGAGAAUUUAAAGAAUAAACUCCUCAUCGAAGCAUGCACAGCCUCUAUAGGCAGAGGGAAAGAGAGUUGAGGUUGAUGCCGAGUAAACGAGUUGAAGGAGGAGAGGAAAAUAAUAAAGCCUUGUCGGAGGGAAAAGGACAGGUAGACGCGUGUGAUGAGGAGGUCUAUGGGUGGGUACGAGGAGAGGCGCGAGGAGAGAGCGAGAGCGAGAGUGGGAUGCUGAGAGCGGAGCCGGAGAGACUCGCGGGCGAGAGUGGACGGACGGCAUGCCACCACUCCUUGAGAGCUCCUUUACUCCCGUGUCACGACUUUUAUUUGCCGCAGGCCGCCUUCCCCGCGUUCGACCUGCACAGUCGGCCCUGGUGGUGGUGCAGUCAGUGUUCCGAACCUGCUACGUGCGCGCACUCAGGACGAGUCGGUGCGUGCUCGCGAAAUCACCCAGGCACCGAUGUGGCGUCGUCGGUCGCAACAAGUGUCUCUGAAUGGAAUGCGGUGCUUCGCCCACAAGCUUUACCCGAAAACCUGAGGAAAUCGGAGUUGAUUUCAAUCUCUCGAGGAGUGAGGAAAAACCUUGUCGGGAAAAAGAGUAGGUCGAGAUAUGCGGGAGAAAAGGAGGAAGAAGAGUUGUAAAGAAGAAGAAGAAGAAGAAGAAGAAGAGGAGGAGAGUUGGCACGAAGACGAAGCGUCUAAGGAUGAACGAGGUUAAUUUGAGGCGAGAGUCUUCAGGGUCGCGAUUCGAAGGACAGUUUUAAUUUCGAA